AUGGCACCAAGCAGUUGGCGCGGGGAGAGCGAGCAGCCGUCCCCGAGCCGCGCACACGUCCCUGAGCCGCCCAUGGAGCUCUUCGAGACCAACCCGUAUUUCUUCCCGGAGCAGAGGUUUUACGAUGGGGAAAACUUUCUGGGCUCCCGCUUGCAGGCCUACGAGCCCGCGGCGUUCCCCGAGCGCGCCGAGGCGGCCCUGUGUGCCGAGGGCAGGGUGGCUCUGGAGGACAAGGAGGCGCUGGCCGAGCACUGUCCCGGGCAGUGCCUGCCCUGGGCCUGCAAGGUGUGCAAGAGGAAAUCCGUGUCCAUGGACCGGCGGCGCGCGGCCACGCUGCGGGAGAAGCGGCGGCUCAAGAAGGUGAACGAGGCGUUCGAGGCUCUGAAGCGCAGCACCCUCCUGAACCCCAACCAGCGGCUGCCCAAGGUGGAGAUCCUGCGCAGCGCCAUCCAGUACAUCGAGCGGCUGCAGAGCCUGCUCAGCUCCCUCAACCAGCAGGAGCGGGACCAGCGGGAGCUGCGCUUCCGGCCCCAGCCCGCCGCAGCCAGCGACUGCGGGUCCAGCAGCUCCUCCUGCAGCCCCAAGUGGAGCAGCCAGCUGGAGUUCAGCACCAACCCUGCAGGUAACGCCCUCCUCGCUUCCCUGGGGCAUCCCACGGCCUCGCUGGGCUCUGCUGGGAGUGGGAACAGUGGGGACACCACAGGCCUGGAGCAGAGCAUUACUGAGCCAAGCCCCUCCCUGGGCAGGAGAUGAUUGGAGCAAAGGGCAGAAGGAACCUUGCCCUUCUCUCCCCGUCCCACUGCUGCAGAGUGAUGAGCUCAGAAAUUCUACAGAAUCUCCUUGGCUCAAUUCUCAGCAAUUUCUGAUUUCACCAAAACACCAACCCUGGGGAGCUGAGAAACUGAGCUGCAGCGGCCUGGGGCCCUGGUGCCUUCAUCCCCAGCAAGGGUUUCAUCUGUUGCCAUCCCUUGGCUUGGCAUGUUUGGCUGGGCAUCACUGGGCAUGGCAGGGCAUGGCUGAGCAUGGCUGGCCAGCACUGCCCCAGCCCCCUUCCCUCCCUACACCCCCUCGGCAGCUGCUGAUCUUUUUUUCCAUGCUUGCCAUUAUCCCUGCCUCUGCCAAAUCCACCUGUUAUUUUCCCCAGAAGGCAGAAACUUAAAUCUCAUUUUCCAGUGGAGAUUAAAACCUAUAAAGGAUCCAAAAGUCCUACUCCCUGUUGCUCUCUCAUCCUUCCCCAGGGUGGGGGCUGGCAGCAGGUCCCUAGGUCCUUCUGGCCAUGUGGAGGAUCAUGGGGUCAUAGAAUCGUAGAAAAGAAUCAACAAAUUGUUACGGAUGCAGAAGACCAUCAAGUCCAACCCUCAGCCAUGUUCACCACUAACCUACAUCCCCUUGAGCAGAACCAGGAGCCAUCUCCAGCACACAGUCCCCAUUCCCAGCAGUGUCCUCAGCCCUCUGUCUCCCCAGAUCCCAUUCCCAGCAGUGUCCUCAGCCCUCUGUCUCCCCAGAUCCCAUUCCCAGCAGUGUCCUCAGCCCUCUGUCUCCCCAGAUCCCAUUCCCAGCAGUGUCCUCAGCCCUCUGUCUCCCCAGAUCCCAUUCCCAGCAGUGUCCUCAGCCCUCUGUCUCCCCAGAUCCCAUUCCCAGCAGUGUCCUCAGCCCUCUGUCUCCCCAGAUCACCUCCUGGCUGACGAGGCAGCCGAGGAGCGCAAUCUGCACUCGCUGUCCUCCAUCGUGGAGAGCAUUGCUGUGGAGGACGUGGCUGUGACGUUCCCGGAGGAGCGGGGUCAAAACUGAGCUGGUGCAAACCCGGGUGGCUCCUUGAAAUGGUAACGGGGUGGGAAUGAGAUGCCAGAAGGGUCCAGCUGCUGGAAAUCCCAUCCACCCCUCCAGGGCUAUGGGCUGCACGGCUGACACCACUUGGCUCCGUUCCCACUCCUUGGAGCGCUCCUGCUGGGCUGCAAGAAGAACAGGCAGAGGUGGGGUGGGGCAGCGGCCGCAGGUCCUGGAGGGGCUUCCCAGGGCCAGGCCCUGCUCCACUGCCCAGCCAGGGAUGGGCGGGUUUAGGGCCAAUGUGUGUGCUGGGUUUGCUUUGCUGAGUUUUCCAGAUGCUCCUUGACCAAGGUCUCUGUCCAGCUGGUGUCCGGUGGUGCUGACCUGGAGCCCACCUGUCUUUUCUACUGAACACUGUGUGCAGUUGCCAUUUAGGGUUUUUUUAAUUAUUAUUUUUGCUAACUUAUUUGGAUUCUUUUUUAAAUAAAGGCAUUCUUGUUUGGACAGCUUGGGGUUUCCUUUACUGUUGUCCUGCCCUGUGUAGGUCUCCCCAGUUCCACAAUCCCCAAAUCCAGGUUGGAGAUUUUCGUAUCAGUAAAUCCAGCUGGAUCUCAGCACAUUCACUCAGCUGGGAAGUGGAUGUGCCACACCUCAAUUAGCCCUACACUGACCAGUGAUUUCACUGGUGUUUAACUGGGGUUCAGCCUUGCACCCCAAAGAUCUUGAGGGAGCUAGGGAUAAAUGAUAUUUUUAAUUUGGGCUCUACAAAGGAGGCUCAAAGCCAGCACUGUUUUAAAAUCCUGUUUAUUGGAACACACAUACAUCCUUUCCUGACCCGAUCCAGGGUUUGGAGUCCAUGCAGUACCAGUAACAUGACGAAAGAAAUAGGGCAUCAAUAUAAAGGGCUCACUGACUCUUCAAAUUAAAAAAAUAUUUAGUACUGUAUUAGGCAAAUGAUACACCAAAAAGACGUUGUGACUGUAGAGUCUCUCAGAUAUUGCACUUCCAGACAGCACAUGAUAAGUAUAAGGUCAUUCCAGCCAUCAAUAAAUAUCACAUCAGAAAUAGGAGCCACACAAGGCAAACGUGGCAUGAGGAGACAAAGAGAUCCUACCCUAUGGAAGAAAUGGGAAGAGUUAAGAGCCUCCUGGAUUGACCCCUGCCAGGAGGCAGGAGGGGAGAGCAUCUCCUCUGCACCCAGAGGGGAAGGGUGGGCACAUCCCGGGGGUGGAGGGGGCUCCCGUUGUCUCCCUGGGCACCCAAGGAGGGUCCCCUCUCUUGUGGGUGCCAGAAACCAUCCCCAUGAGCUGUGUGGGGCAGUCCCAGGCACAGCCCCCCCAAACAGGGCACCUGACAGCACCAAAAUCAGCACCUUGCCCACCCAGCCCUAGGCAGACAC